GUACUUGUCCCUCUCGAUCGUCAGAUGUAAUUGACAAAAUCCGGAGUGGAACUACUUACAAGGUUACAUACAAAGACUAUCUAGAUAGGGAUCAGUCUGGAGCGUUUGUUUUGUAUUCAAAGUUAUUGUAUACGUAGUUUUGCUUAAAAGUUUAAGUAGAAAGACAUUGUGUAAAAAUUGAUUAAAUUUUAUUCACUCCAAGACGAGAAAUGAAUGUUGUCUGAUUGUUUACAUAAAUUCUGCAUUUAAUUUGCAAUUUUUACGAUGUUUGCUGUUGAGAAACUAAUUAAAUGUGAUGAUUGAUUCGAAAUGAGUUCAUAAAUUUAAAAAAAUUAGAAUCUAAAAAAAAUUGUAAUUCUUUCCUAUGGCAACAAUUAUAUAUUUUUUACAAAAUAAUAUUCAUUUGAAAAUAUUAAGUUUUCAGAAGGACGUCAAGGUGUAACCUUUCAUUUUCCAGCCGGACAUGCAAUAUACAGAUUUAAAUAAAAACUUUUAUCAGGAUUAACAUUUUAAUAAUUUUAUGUUUUGACUAUUUUAUAAGGAUCAAUGUUUAUAUCAAAUAAGUAAAGUGGGUAAAGUGUUUUUAUCUUUCGUCUUUGUAUGAUGGAGAUUAAAUAACUUUUCUUACAAUUAUGAUAUUUAAAAAAUAACUAAAUUCAGGAAUGUUAUACUUGACACAUUUAUUCAAAGUGGUUUUUUUCCUAAAUUUAGUUAAAUAUGUCAAAAUGUACCUUUUGCGUAAUCAUCUUAUUUUUGUGGGUUAUUAUUACUUCAACAGCCAUCUUCAGAUCUUACAACACUUCAAGAAGACUGGAAGGUGGAGGCCACAUUAUUCAACAAAUUCCCAAAGGAAAAAAGGUUCCUAACUCUAGGAAUUCCAACAAUCAGAAGAGUAGGUGACGAGUAUAUCAUGGACACAAUCAAGUCUUUAGUAAACAACACACGGCCAGAGGAACUCAAAGAUCUAUAUAUUGUGAUUUUCCUGGCAGAUUUUAAUGAGACUUGGAUAGAGGACAUCAGUAAAAGGUUAAAUGAUUCUUAUCAACAUCUCAUUUCAUCAGAAACUUUAGUCGUGAUCAGUUCCUUGAAAUCAUUUUAUCCGAACAUGGAGAAUCUUAAUCAUACGUAUAACGAUAACUACAACAAACGAAAAUGGCGCUCCAAGCAAAAUGUUGACUAUGCUUUCAUUUUCUUAUACUGCCAGUACUUGUCAACAUAUUACAUGCAAAUGGAGGACGAUAUUUACACUAUACCAAAUUAUCUUGGUGUCGUUAUGAGUUAUAUAUCUGAAAUGACAUCCCAAUGGACUUGUUUAGAAUUUUCAGAACUUGGUUUUAUAGGGAAACUUUACCAUUCCUACGAUCUAGAAAAGCUAGCUAAGAUGGUGUUGUUAUUUUAUGAAGAACAGCCCUGUGACUUCACCUACUUACAUUUUAAUUCUCAAAUGUUACAAUUUCAACGUUAUAUACAUCGUCCUACCAUCUUUCAACAUGUUGGCUUAAAAUCUUCUCUUCCUGGGAAAAUUCAGCCAUUGAAAGACACAUUUUUUGACAAUUUGGAUAAAAUAUACCAAGGGGACAAUCCACCAGCGAAAUUGUUCACCAACUUGCUUGUCCAUUCGUCUUUCUCCCCAGAAUCGGCCUACUAUCAAGAGCCUGGCUUUUUUUGGAGUCGCAAGAAUGGAAAAGCGGGCGAUUGGUUUACCGUUGUUUUUUAUGAUCCCCAAAGGGUUGAAAAGAUAAUUGUAGAAACAGGAUCGCGUGAACACCCUCUCGACAGGAUUCUACAUGGCAAAUUGCAGGCUAGCCUUAGCUUGGUAAAAAUUGAUAAAUCUGAACCUUCAUGCACAAAUAAUAUAAAUCUUGGACAUUUCAAAGAAGGGUUUAUAAAAGUUGGUAAUUUAACAUCAGUUUUAGGACCUUUUAAAAUACACUGUGUAAGUAUAAUACUCACCGCCAAUCAGGACUGGUGGAUCAUUAUCAAAGAAAUUGCUGUAUUUGUUUCUGAUUGAAAUUUUAUUAUAAACUAAUUGAAAUUAACUUCACUGCCAUUUUUUGAAUUAUAUUCGUCUUCUAAACUACUUAAACCUUCCACAUUAACAUUUUUGUACAUGUAUAUAUGUUGCAGAUUGACAUUCUGUUGUAUACUAAAUGAAUUUUCUUUUAACUUACAAUGCUAUUUUAUAUGAGUCUGUAAGACUACUUUAUCCUUUAACAGAACAUUUUUUGUAAAUGUACAUUAAACUUUGAUACAUUUGCAUAUCUCAAAUGCAUCUCAAAGAAGAUACAUAUUAACUAACGGAAUUUUUUAUAAAAGUUUACAAGUUUUUUUUUAUCUGAUGAACCAUAUUGCUGUAUUUGUUGUAUUUGUUGCUGAUUCUAUUAUAUACCGCUUGAUAUCUUUUGGGGCUAACACUGACUUUGAUUCAUGAAAAUGUGUAAAUAAAAUGUCUAAAAGAAUAUACCUGCCGGAAAUUAGUUUUCUAUGUUCCCAAGUUAAAAAUUAAAAGAGAGAAGAAUGCAUGUAAGUCUGAUAGAAUCAACGUCUCUAAAGCAACAAGAAUGCUUGAAAUCAAAAUUCUUAUAACUUUUCUAUAAAUAGUUUUGUUAAUUUUUGUUUUUCCUGUUAUAUCAAGAAAUUUUAUACGGAAAUAUAUCUUUUAGAUAUAACGAAAAAUGAAUUUCUUUAGGCGAUUUUCGUUAGGUUUUGAAAUAAAUCAAUUUGCUACAUUAAUAUUUAAUUUAAACAGUAUAAAUAAGAUAUAAACAAAAUAUUCAAAGAUAGCAUCUAUUUAGGAGAAAUUAAUCAUAGUUCAUUACAUAUGAUAUAUUUUUUUUAGCUGAUACAAAGGACGGGGAGGGGAAUUAAAAUAAGUGCAUAUUGUUAAAUAACCAAAGUCUACAUAAGUUAUGCACUAAAAACUAAGAAUAUA